UGCUCGUGCGCUUCGCUAUGACGGCGUGGCUCUCGACCUACGACAGCUGCAACAAGUACCUCGUCUGCCUGCCGCGCAGGCGGGACCCAAAAGACUGCAUGCUUCCCGCCUGGUGCCAAGCGCCCGGUAGCAGCACGAACAGCAACACACUCGACUCCUUCGUGUACGAGAUUGCCUCGUCAGGUCAAGGUCAACUGAUACAGAUGAUCCAGGAAUUGCGGGGGCAGUCCCUGGAGCACUUCGUUCGCCUCUACGCGUUCGCCACGUGCGCCUGGGCGUUCGCUCUGGGUAGUGCGGCGUGGGUGGCCGUCAAGAUGCUAAUGUCGAUGUACACCGGCGUCGUCUCCGCCUGGCACAUCUUCGCGUACAGCAGGCAGCUCCAGCUGGACGGGAGAGCCGCUCGAACGGACGCCCUCUGUACAGCGGCGGCGCUGCGAUGGAUCGUGCACGGAAAGGCGACGCCGGCUGAGCCCAUCCUCAUCCGCGCUCUCUCUCCCCCCUGCGGCUGGUUGCUGGGAUGAUGAAAUGAUGGACACCUCA